CUAGAGACAAUAGAAUGGAGGGAAUUGUAGAGGGAGUCUGUGAUGCUCUCUUCUCAAACCCAAGCAUGUUGAGGCAAUAUAAGCAGGCUACUUUCAAAAUCCUUUUAUAUGGGAUAUACACACAUAAAAAUCCAUAUUCAUGGAAUUGAUUUUUCAAGCAUCUCCUGGAAUAUAAACCUUGGAAUUGUAGUCACUAUGAGACCAGGAUUUGAAUAAAAACUGUUAGUACAGAAACCCUUUGUUUAAGUUUGAUGCCUGUGCUGAAAGAUGUGCACAUCUGCUCUGUGGCUCGUGUGCGUUAGCUUGCUGUUCAGCACCUCUCUAAGCUGCUAUCAGUGCUUCGUUGAUGUGCAAGACAGUCUUCGCCUGUGUUGGGGUCACGUUUUGACUGAAUACAAUGUUAGAAAUAUUGACACCUGCUUCAAGAAGCUGGACCGGAUAUUCAACUACCACGAGGGAGUAAUUGAAGCUGGAAGAGUAGGUGAAGGCUAUGAGAAACAGCUGAAAGAAAUUCUGAAUGCAGAGAUUCUGCCCAUGGUAGAAGAGUUUGACAAAAAGCAGAAUAAGGACACGGUGUAUGAGGAAAGGUUGCAGACAGCAGCAGACAAUUUCAUCGCAGCUGCCUUCAAACUGCCUAGAGUCUCUGGAUGUUUCCCUCCAUGCGGUUUCCAGAGUGCAGGUGCCGUGUACAAUUGUAUUACAUGCCAGUAUGACUCCUGCCAAUUCCCUCUUGACUGUCCAGUUAAAGAAAUUAAAGUAACAGAGAACAGCAGGAGCCAAAUGUGGUGCGACGUGCCAUUUCACUUACCAACCGAUAUCGAGGUGAUCUGGAGGUUUGCUGAAGAGGUGAAAACCCAGCAGGUGGAUCAGUUUAAAGAAGUGACCGCGGGGGUGGAUCCGCUCUAUUCCAUCCCUUCAGCCAGAUUGCAACAUCAGGGUACCUACCAGUGUGAAAUCUACUCGGGCCAGCGCUCCAUUGUCAGACUAUACUAUUAUCUCACAGUGACCCCCCAGGUUGUGGCAGGCCACACAGAGCUUCAGGAGAUAUUCGACCUGUCUCUGCUCCCAGGAGGGCGGUUACUCCCUGCGCUUGGUGGUCCUCCCCACUCCCUCCUCCCCCUCCCCUCACCACCGCUUCUCAUCGCCUGUUUAACUGCUUUGCUUCUGCUGCUAUUCCUUUCCCUGGGGACUCUGUAUUGGUCAUCAAUACCAGAGCAAACAAGUUACGCUGAACAAGCAGAUGAAGAUUUAGGAUUCUGAGAGUUGGGAAGAUGCAUGUAGUGCAUUAAAGGAAUUUCAUUAAUCCUCUGGUUUUCUACAGCGUUACGUCAUAGCUUACAGUAAGCCUGUGUGUGACUCCUUCCACCACUGGAGGGCAGGAUGCACAUCUUUAUCAGCGGUAUCAGUCUACACUGUGCUCUAUGCAACAACCAUUUAUUCUCAUUUGUGCCAGCCAGUGAUGGAAAGUAUAGGUUUGCUCUCUUACUUUAAGUACAAUUUUUAGGUACCUUGCUUUGACUUAUUUUAAUUUUAUGGAACUUUAUACUUCUACUCAAGAGAGAAAUAUUGUAAUUUUUAUUCCACUACAUCCUGUGACAGCUAUAGUUACUUCUUACUUUGCAUAUUUAGACAUGAUAUACAAAACAUAUGAAGAGCUUAUAAAAUAUGAAGCAGCAUGUAGAAUAAACUGCCAACAGUAUAUUAUGCAGCAGUAUAGAUAUGCUGCAUCACAAUUCAGUUAAAGGACAAUUCCGGCGCAAAAUGAACCUGGGGUUAAUAACACAUGUGUACCGAGUUGGUCUGUUCUCUGGGAUAUGUUUUCAUGCUAAUCGACCCGUGACCAGUUUUAGCACAAACCACUAAUUAGCUUAUAACGCUAGUCGACGGGGCACCGAGUAACGUGAAAAGAAAUUGCUUUUUAUACCACUAACAAGACUCAAAAUAGCACCACACUUACACGGUAGCAUAAUGAGGGUCCCUAUGUAUAAACCGAAGCAUUGAGAACUUUGAAAGUGCACAGACAGUUUAUUAAAAAGAUAGUUUAGAACAACAGUAGCGUUCGCAUAUACAGGCGGGCGCCAUCUUGGGAAAACAGUCAGGGGUUAGGUCAUUCAUGCAGAUCAAUGAUCAAGACUUACAGCUGGCGAUGUGAACUAAAACAAACGUAAUUUGCUCAAUAUAUCAGAAAUAAAAGCACCGAUGUAAAACACGA